UGCCGUUGGGUUUGAAGGGUUAGGGUUUUUUAAUGGCAAUUUCUGGUUCUGAAGCUCCUCCGAAUUGAUUGAAUCCUGAUUAUCUUUAUGAUGUUCAUAUCUCGAUUAGGAAGAGCUACUGUGUACCCAUUUGCAUCUGCAACCCAAAAAUGCCACCUUUUUCUUUUCCAACACUCACACUUGAUCUCAACCACUUCCCAACCAGUAUCUUGUGGAUUCUCCCAAGAAUCUGCUCUCAAAUUAUUCAGCAAGGUUCGUUUCAAUUCCAUCAGACCCAGCAAGGCCGAUUCAGUCAUCGCAUUUUUCAGAACCCACGGUUUCUCAGAUGCCCAAAUCACCAAAAUAACAACUAGGGUACCGGCUCUCCUACGCUGUAACCCUAACAAAAGGAUUUUACCAAAGUUACAAUUUUUAGCCUCCAAAGGUGCUUCUAACUCUGACAUUCUCCGAAUUGUAACUGGCUACCCCGAAUUACUGCUUCUUGGCCUCAAGAACGGUAUAGUUCCUGCUUUUGAUUUGAUUAGGAGGUUCUUAUCCUCUGAUGAAAAAACCAUGAAUUGUGUAAUUUCAUCCCCUGCAUCCAUGGGUCACUUCUAUGUAAGCAAGAAUGUGAAAUUGCUUCUUGAUGAGGGCUUAACUCAUUCCCACAUUAAGCGCUUGCUUCAAUGCAGGCCUUCAAUAUUAUCCACUUCUACUUUGUGGAAAACUGUGGCAGAAGUGAAGAAAUUAGGGAUUGAUCCUUCUUUGAUGAAUUUCAGUGUGGCAUUGAUGGCUAAGAAGGCUGUGGCGAAAUCCGGGUGGGAUGCCAAAGUUGAAGCCUGUAAGACUUGGGGCUGGUCGGAGGAACAAUUUUCCGAUGUGUUUAGGAAGCAUGCGCAGUUUAUGCUUCGGUCCGAAAAGAAAAUCAUAGCAGUCAUGAGCUUUUGGGUUGGUAAGCUUGGUUGGGAUCCUUCGGUGCUGUGCGUGGCGCCGGUAAUCUUUGGAUUGAGCUUGGAAGAAAGGAUUAUUCCAAGGGCUUUGGUUGUGCAGUAUCUUCUCUCCAAAGGUUUGAUGAAGAAGGAUGCUAGCUUAGCUACACCAUUUUAUCUGACUGACAAGAAGUUCCUGGAAAGAUAUGUGACACGUUUCGAGAAGCAUCAUUCAUCUCAGCUAUUAAAGCUAUUACAUAGCAAAACAUGUUAGCAUUUGAUUGAACUGUCAUUUCUUCAGUUAGAAUCUUUGUAUACCUUGACACAGUUGUAGACUCUUGAUAAUAGUGAUGCAAGAGUUGCAGUGAUUGUUUUAGAAUUUUUAUGUGAAAUGAAGUGAUUAGUGCCUUUGUAAUAAAUUUGGAGAAAGGUUAGCCUUGUUACUGGCUGACUUGUAUGAAAGGAAGAAGGGGAUAAUGUGGAUUCUAUUGUUACCUUGAUGA